AUGUUGAAGUUCAAAUGCAGUGCCCGAAAUCCGGUAGAGGCAGGACCGAUGGAACCCAUCACCAGCCGAAUUUCUCGGCUAAAUCUGCUCUUUCAGGGGAAGCCACUCUUUGUGACUCAACAGCAGAUGUCUCCUCUCUCCCGGGAAGUCAUCCUUGAUUCUUUAUUCGUUCUUUUUGAAGAAUGCAGAAACCCUGCUUUAAUGAAAAUUAAACAUGUUGGCAACUUUGUCAGGAAGUAUUCAGAGACUAUAGCUGAAUUAAGGGACCUGCAACCCAGCGUGAAGGAUUUUGAAGUAAAGAAUGUGGUUGGCUGUGGUCACUUUGCAGAUGUAAAAGUAGUAAGAGAGAAAAUUACUGGUGAUGUAUACGCUAUGAAGGUGAUGAGCAAGGAGUCCUUGUUGGCACAGGAGCAUGUGUCAUUUUUUGAGGAAGAACGCAGCAUAUUAUCUCAGAGCACCAGUCCAUGGAUUCCACAGUUACAGUAUGCAUUUCAAGACAAGAAAAGUCUGUACUUGGUUAUGGAGUAUCAGCCUGGAGGGGACUUACUGUCACUCUUAAACCGAUAUGAGGACCAACUAGAUGAGAGUAUGGUGCAGUUUUAUCUUGCAGAGUUGGUUUUAGCCAUUCACAGUGUCCACCAGAUGGGUUAUGUACACCGAGAUAUCAAACCAGAGAAUGUUCUUAUUGACCGAACAGGACACAUUAAACUGGUGGACUUUGGGUCAGCUGCCAAAAUGACAGUGAACAAAGCGGUAAAUGCUAAGCUACCUGUUGGCACACCUGACUACAUGGCACCAGAAAUGCUAACAGGGUUGAAUGGGGAUGGCAAAGCUUCUUAUGGUCCAGAAUGCGACUGGUGGUCUCUAGGAGUCAUUGCGUAUGAAAUGAUUUAUGGAAGAUCUCCGUUCGCCGAAGGGACUUCAGCAAAAACUUUCAAUAACAUCAUGAACUUCCAGAGAUUUCUGAAGUUCCCAGAGGAUGUGAAAGUUAGUAGUGAAUUUCUUGACCUGAUCCAGAGCCUGCUUUGUGGGCAGAAGGAAAGGCUGGAUUAUGAGGGACUCUGCUGCCAUCCAUUUUUUUCUAAAAUUGACUGGAAUAAUAUCCGUAACUCUCCUCCCCCCUUCGUUCCUACCCUCAAGUCUGACGAUGACACCUCAAAUUUUGAUGAACCAGAGAAGAAUUCACGGGUUUUAUCCUCUACGCGCCAGUUGAACCCAGCAGGCUUCUCGGGUGAAGAUUUGCCGUUUGUGGGGUUUUCAUUCAGCAAGGCAUUAGGGAUCCUCAGAUCAGAAUCUGUUUUUUCAAGUGUGGAUUCUCCAGCCAAGGUCAGCUCCAUGGAAAAGAAACUACUUCUCAAGAGCAAAGAACUCCAAGACGCCCAGGAGAAGUGUCACAAGAUGGAGCAGGAAAUGACGCGGUUGCACCGGAGAGUGUCAGAGGUGGAGGCUGUACUUAGCCAAAAGGAGGUGGAACUGAAAGCCUCUGAGACCCAGCGAUCCCUCCUGGAGCAGGACCUGGCCACCUAUAUCACAGAAUGCAGUAGCUUAAAGCGAAGCCUGGAGCAGGCACGGAUGGAGGUGUCUCAGGAAGAUGAUAAGGCACUACAGCUACUUCAUGAUAUCAGAGAGCAAAGCCGAAAACUGCAAGAGAUCAAAGAACAGGAAUAUCAAGCUCAAGUAGAAGAAAUGAGGUUGAUGAUGAAUCAAUUAGAAGAGGAUCUUAUUUCAGCUCGCAGGCGUAGCGAUCUUUAUGAAUCGGAGUUGAGAGAGUCCCGACUGGCAGCUGAAGAAUUCAAACGUAAAGCUACUGAAUGUCACAACAAAUUGCAAAAGGUUAAAGAUCAAGGAAAAAAUGAAGCAGGAGAGUUGUAUUCCAAAUUGGAGAAGAUCAAUACAGAGCAGCAGGCCAAAAUCCAGGAGCUGCAGGAAAAGCUGACAAAGGCUGUGAAAGCUAGCUCAGAGGCAACUGAACUUCUUCAGAAUAUUCGUCAAGCAAAGGAGAGAGCUGAGAAGGAGUUAGAGAAACUGCAGAAUCGGGAAGAUUCUAAUGAAAGCAUGAAGAAGAAAUUGCUUGAAGCGGAGGAACGGCGCCAUUCUCUAGAGAAUCAAGUGAAGAGAUUAGAGACCGUGGAACGAAGAGAAAACCGACUUAAGGAAGAUAUUCAAACUAAAUCUCAACAGAUUCAACAGAUGGCAGAAAAAAUUCUGGAGCUGGAAGAAAAGCAUCGUGAGGCUCAGAUUGCAGCACAACAUCUGGAGUUGCAGCUGAAACAGAAGGAACAAUUCUAUGAGGAAAAACUCAAAGUGUUGGAAAAUCAGAUGAAGAAAGAUCUUGCAGAUAAGGAAGCACUUGAGAAUAUGCUCAGAAGACACGAAGAAGAAGCACGUGAGAAAUGUAAAGUCCUGGCUGAACAGAAGGCGAUGAUCAAUGCAAUGGAUUCGAAGAUUAGGUCACUGGAGCAGAGAAUAGUGGAAUUGUCUGAGGCCAAUAAACUGGCAGCAAAUAGCAGCCUUUUUACCCAGAGGAACAUGAAAGCCCAGGAGGAGAUGAUUUCAGAGCUCAGGCAACAGAAGUUCUACUUGGAAACACAAGCUGGAAAGUUAGAGGCACAGAAUCGAAAAUUAGAAGAACAAUUGGAAAAGAUGAGUCACCAAGAUCACACUGACAAGAACCGCCUGCUGGAAUUAGAGACGAGGCUGCGAGAGGUUAGUCUAGAGCAUGAAGAACAAAAGCUGGAACUCAAAAGGCAGUUGACAGAAUUGCAGCUGACACUCCAGGAGCGGGAAUCUCAAGUUACCGGGCUGCAGGCUGCACGGACAGCCCUGGAGAAUCAGCUCCGCGAAGCCAAAACUGAACUAGAGGAGACGACAGCUGAGGCAGAGGAAGAGAUUCAAGCUCUCACGGCACAUAGAGAUGAAAUCCAGCGUAAAUUUGAAGCCCUUCGUAAUAGCUGCACAGUGAUUACGGAUUUGGAAGAGCAGCUGAACCAGCUCAGUGAAGACAAUGCAGAACUGAACAAUCAGAAUUUCUUCCUGUCCAAACAACUUGAUGAGGCCUCAGGGGCCAAUGAUGAGGUUGUCCAGUUGCGAAGUGAAGUUGACCAUCUCCGUCGGGAGAUCACUGAGAGAGAAAUGCAGCUUACCAGUCAGAAGCAAACUAUGGAGGCCUUGAAGACAACAUGUACAAUGCUGGAAGAGCAAGUAAUGGACUUGGAGGCCCUGAAUGAUGAACUCUUGGAGAAGGAGCGUCAGUGGGAAGCAUGGAGAAGUGUUCUAGGGGAUGAGAAGUCCCAGUUUGAAUGUCGAGUUAGAGAGUUGCAGAGAAUGCUGGAUACUGAGAAACAGAGCAGAGUGAGAGCAGAUCAGCGUAUUACUGAAUCUCGCCAGGUGGUAGAACUAGCUGUCAAAGAACACAAGGCAGAGAUUCUAGCCCUUCAGCAAGCACUAAAGGAACAAAAACUCAAAGCUGAGAGCCUUUCUGAUAAGCUCAAUGACCUGGAGAAGAAGCAUGCUAUGUUGGAGAUGAAUGCACGCAGUUUACAACAGAAGCUUGAGACAGAAAGGGAGCUCAAGCAGAGGCUUCUGGAGGAGCAGGCAAAGCUGCAGCAGCAAAUGGAUCUGCAAAAGAAUCACAUCUUCCGCCUAACUCAAGGUCUGCAAGAGGCUCUUGAUCGAGCAGAUCUUCUGAAGACUGAAAGAAGUGAUCUGGAAUAUCAGCUGGAAAACAUUCAGGUUCUCUAUUCCCAUGAAAAAGUGAAAAUGGAGGGCACCAUUUCUCAGCAAACCAAACUCAUUGAUUUCCUGCAGGCAAAGAUGGACCAACCAGCGAAAAAGAAAAAGGGCCUGUUUAGUCGGCGGAAAGAGGACCCUUCUUUACCCACACAGGUUCCCCUGCAAUACAAUGAGCUGAAAGUGGCACUGGAGAAGGAGAAGGCUCGUUCUGCUGAGCUGGAAGAGGCUCUACAGAAAACACGCAUUGAACUCAGAUCUGCUCGUGAAGAAGCUGCUCAUCGGAAAAUAUCAGACCACCCUCAUCCAUCUACUCCAGCCACAGCUAGGCAGCAGAUCAUCAUGUCUGCCAUAGUCCGCUCACCAGAGCAUCAGCCGACUCCGAUCAGUUUGCUAGCUCCACCCUCCAGUCGCAGGAAGGAAUCUUCCACACCAGAGGAGUACAGCCGACGUCUGAAAGAGCGAAUGCAUCAUAAUAUCCCCCAUCGUUUUAAUGUGGGGCUAAAUAUGAGAGCAACAAAAUGUGCAGUGUGUCUGGAUACUGUGCACUUUGGACGGCAAGCAUCUAAAUGUCUUGAAUGCCAGGUGAUGUGUCACCCAAAAUGCUCCACUUGCUUGCCAGCUACUUGUGGACUGCCAGCAGAAUAUGCCACGCACUUCUCUGAAGCGUUCUGCCGGGAUAAAAUGAAUUCUCCCGGUCUGCAGCUGAAGGAGCCAAGCAGCGGUCUACGUCUUGAAGGAUGGAUGAAAGUGCCAAGGAAUAACAAACGUGGGCAACAGGGCUGGGACAGGAAGUAUAUUGUCCUGGAGGGAACGAAAGUGCUCAUUUAUGAUGCAGAAGCAAGAGAAGCUGGACAGAGGCCUCUGGAGGAAUUUGAGCUCUGCCUUCCUGAUGGUGAUGUAACUGUUCAUGGAGCUGUAGGAGCUACUGAACUUACCAAUACAGCAAAGACAGGUGAGAAUCUUAUGUAGAUGAGGUCAAAUGGAUUUCAUCUGGCUUGCCAUCAGUUGGCAUUCUGUUUGUCUGCACAGAAUUUUCUCCCUUUAACUUUCAUUCUGUAACUG